CUCUGCGAUAUGCAUCGUUUAUUUCAAGCAUACUGGGUUUAUAUACCAAUCAAACAGACCACAACGUACCAUAAAAUAUGAAACAACAUUUGUACAAGAAUUAGCCAAAUGUUGCUGUGAAUGAAAGAGGUAGUAUUUAAUAGACCAUCGAUGCUAUUUCCAUUCCUUCGACUACAUUCAUAUCAAUCUUGAUAAUUUCAGCAGACUAGGAUUAUUUAUGCUGCAUGGUAAAUUAAACCAAUGUACACUAUGUAUUCCAGGUUCUAACUGAUUAGAUUUCAUCUUUUUUUACAAUAUUUUGUCUUGAUUUUUCUAGAACCACAUCGUAUACAUAAAUGUUGUUUUCUAAUCGAUACCAUCUAAAAGAAUGUAAUUCCUUUACAUACAGCUUAGAAUUUUCUUAAGUCAUGGAUAACAUCCAAAACAUGCUAGAAAUCUGUGUUGAGUGAAAUACAGCUAAUGCAGUCUAUUUUCGAUCAUAAGAAAGCAGAAAUUUGCUAUUUUCUAUUCCGUUAAGUCAUUUUAGAGGGGAUAUUGUGAUUAAGAUGGAGAAGAUUUGUAGCUCAGGUGGAUUAUUUAGGUGGAGUUUUUUCUAUGAGCUCGAUGGUUUGGUCGUGGAUCUUUCAUUGUUCAACAACAACACUUCAUGUCUACCCUAAGUUUGUACUGGUGAUGUUGUUUGAAAGAACAAUGAAGCUCCAUGAGCACACCAUCCAGCUUAGAGUAUAUUGUUAUUUUCAAUCUUCUCAUUUCAUUCUUUUGCUUGUAAUAACUUAUUUCAAUAUAUAUUAUCGAUGUUCUCGUUUAUUUCUCUUUCCGUAUGUUCUAGAAAUUAAGACAAUAAAAAAAUACUAAAGUAUUAUUAUUAUUAUUAUUAUUAGUAGUAGUAGUAGUAGUAGUAGUUAGUAGGUUUUUAUUUUUCCGAAUGGUAUCUUGAAUCCCUAAUACUUCAUAUUACUGUUACAAUCUUUACUACUCUGGGAUUCGCACUAAUAAUCUCAACUAGCUGUGCUAAUGUGGUAUAGCAGCUUGAACAUGUACCAGUUUUUACGUUGCGUUUGACUGACUAAAUGACCAAGGUAGAGUUUUUCUUACCCAGUUGUGGCCAUUUAAUUCUUUCGAUUAAGUUCUAAUGUACCACUGGUCUAGAUGACUUAUAAUAUGUAUAUUAAACAAGCAUGACACUGUUUACUAUCUCAGUCGUACGGGUGGUCAGUCGCGGCUGGAAUAGCUCAGUAGUCCAGACGUUUAGAACGAUGGGCGGAACAUAAUAAGAGGGACACGCAUAUGUAUAGUUUGGUUAUUUAACUAUUAUACGGCAAAAAUACACGCAUAGUAUUGGUCCAUAAAUGGAUCCCAAAAGUUACCAUUCAUUAUGCUUAUCGGGACAUAACAUUAUUGCUGAACCAAAUAAAAGAUUCAGUGGGUACGGCUUUAAGAUCAACAAGCCGGAUUCCAUUACGACUAAUCAUAUACUGACCCAAUCGCGACACUGCAGAUCAAUGUUAAACAACCAGUCGGAUAGAACUCAUAACCGCACAUCAACUCCCUUGAUUAUGAGAUAGCAUUUGACAGUGAAUAGGAAAACCUUAUAGAAUGUCCUUCGACACUAUGAUGUACCUGAAAAGAUCGUCACCAUGAUACAAAUAUCUUACGAGUCAUGGAUGGAGGACAGAUCACUGAUACCUUGAGUGAGGAUCGGUGUUAUACAGGGUUCCCUACAUUCACUCUCUCUUCCUUCUGGUUGCUGAUCGGAUUAUGAAGACCCCACCACCUCAGGAAAAGCACGGAAUACAGUGAGAACCUUGGAGACAACUGAAUAAUUUGAACUUUGAAGAUGACUUAGCCUUUCUGUUCUAUACACAAUAACAAAUGUACACAAAGACUGACAGUAUAUUAAUCGCUUCCGCUGUGGAAACAGCAGUGACAUCUAUCAGUGAUUUAAACCACAGGGUUACAAAGAACCAAUGGGUUUCUUCAAGGUCUAUUGCACUGAUGAAUUCUCGUAAACUCAUCCCAUCAGGCUCUGAACACGAUGAAGAGCGACAACAAAUCAGAUCUAGGUUAACCAAAAGUCUAAGGAACGAUCGUGAGCAGUGGUGGGCAACGAAAGCAAAAGAGAUGGAAAAGGCGGCGGCUAUAGGGAACACAAGACAGCUUUACAGACUAAUAAAAGUAACUGGAAUUAAUAAGUCAAGUGUAAGUCAGACUAUUACGGAAAAAGACGACACCCUCAUCUGCUCCCAGUCCAGACGUUUAGAACGAUAGGCAGAACGUUUCAGAGGACAGUUCAGCUGGCCUUCAGCUACUCUACAACCACCCUCCAUUCCCAGACAGUGUGAAUAGAACAUUGAAGUAGGUCCCCCAACUCUAGCAGAAGUUCAGAAGGCUAUAGUUAAUCUGAAACGAGGAAAGGCAGCUGCUCCAGAUGGAUUGGCUCCAGAGGUCUUUAAGGAUGGUGGUCCAAUUUUAGCGAUUAGGUUGACUAAUAUUUUAGCUAAGAUCUGGGAGUUAGACGUUAUUCCAUCUGACUGGUCACAAUCACUUAUCGUCCCAAUAUAUAAGAGAGGGUUAAAAUCAUCUUGUGACAACCAUAGAGGGAUUAGUUUAACUAAUAUAGUAUCUAAAAUACUAGCCUCGAUAAUUAUCAGACGCCUAACUAAGACUCGUGAACUGCAAACACGAGAGAAUCAAGCUGGCUUCAGACCUGGUUGGUCGUGGCUGCAUCGACCACAUAUUCACCAUUCGUCAGGUUCUAGAACAUAGGCAUACUUACCAGCGGCCGACAAUGGUGGUCUUUCUUGACUUAAAAGCAGCAUUUGACUGGGUAGACCGCGAGAUUCUGUGGCAGUGUCUGUCAUUGAAAUGCGUACCUCAGAAGUACAUAAACCUUGUGAAGGCUCUUUACUCGAACGCUACCAGUCGAGUGAGAGCUUAUGGCGAACUGUCAUCUGCCUUUGCAACCUCAAGUGGUGUCCGUCAAGGCUCUCAACUUUCUCCAUUUUUGUUUAACUUCAUCAUAGACCUAUUGAUGGAAAUAACAUUCUCGUCUACUGAAUUCUCGGGUAUUGAUCUCCUACCAGGAGGUCCACUUAUCGACUUGGAAUACUCAGAUGAUAUAGUCCUGUUUGGUGAAGACGCUGAUAAAAUGGAGAGUGUUUUGGUAGCACUAAGCAACAAUUGAGAUUAGAUGGUGGUUGGAGGUAGUCAACAGGAAACCCUGGACCCGGGUUUCGUGCUACUUGGCACUCGUCAGCAAGGUGUACCUGUAAUCUUGAGGGAACUGGUGCUCCCUGGCGGGUUCGAUCUCGUGUCACCCAGCUUCACAGUCAGAGACGUUACCACUGAGCUAUCCGAGCCAUGACUAACCUCCUGUAGGACUGAGAUGUAAUCACAAUUGAUUGAUCACUGGGUGGUGAUCAAUCUCAUGCUUGUCUAGUCCUUAAUAGUGCAGAUCGAAUGCUAUCGAUCAUGUUGCAAUGUGGCCACCAGUCUAGGUGACUCGACACUGCGGGCACUAUGUAUUGAGAUUAGAUGGUGGUUGGAGGUAGUCAACAGGAAACCCUGGACCCGGGUUUCGUGCUACUUGGCACGCGUCAGCAAGGUGUACCUGUAAUCUAGACACUGAAAUACAUAUACGCCACAAAAAAGGGAGGGAGGAGAGUGGGUAAAUCAAUUGUAUGAUAAUGGAUAUUGGUCCUGCACUAAUAAGGACUAGACAAGCAUGACAUUGAUCACCACCCAGUGAUCAAUCAAUUGUGAUUACAUUUCAGUCUUACAGGAGGUCAGUCACGGCUCGGAUAGCUCAGUGGUAACGUCUCUGACUGUGAAGCACCAGUUCCCUCAAGAUUACAGGUACACCUUGCUGAC